AUGUCACAGCAAGCACCGAGUCAGUGGAUAGUUGCUAAAGAUCUCCAUGAUCAUGUAUAUACAUUUUGUCAUUUUACAUCUCUUUUGUUUCUUAUUUUUUUUUGUAUUUUAAAUAUUUUUUGUUCUAGAGGGGAGAAUGGGGAAUCACGAAUCAGAAUCAGAAAAGCAGCGCCUCAACAAAGCAAUAUAUCAUCAUCAGUAAUUUCAGAAGAGAGUAUGCAUCAUGGUUUAGUUGCUACUGCAUCGAAUGCUAUUAACACCAAAUGUAUGUUCGACGUGUUUUAUAGGCCAAAGUCGAGCAAAUUCAUUGUCAACUGCAAAAAAGUUAUAGAUGCAGUGAACAUGAAGUUCAAUACAGGUUCAAGGUUUACUAUGAAGUUUGAAGGACAUGAUUUUAAUGAAAUAAUAUAUUCUGGGACAAUAGUAAAAGUGGAAGAUUUCUCCAUUUAUUGGAAGGAUUCAGAUUGGCGAAAUCUACAAGUUCAGUGGGAUGAAGCUGCAACAAUUUCAAGACCUAAUAAGGUCUCUCCAUGGGAAAUCGAGCCUUUAAUUCGAAAAAACAAACGCCAAUGCGAAAUUAACGAAAUUGGUCUUGCUAUGUCCAAACCAGAUUACAAUGACCAAAUGGCCCAGUCAACAAAAGAAAAUUCAAUCACCAAUGCAUCUAGUAGCUUCAGAUUGUUUGGAGUUGAUCUAACGGCUUCUACCAAAGGAAGAGAUGUUUUGGAACCACUUGAAUCAUACCAAAAGAGUAAAAUUUCUGAAAUCUUUGAUGAAGAAAAGCUUGAUCAAAUUCAAGCAGUGACAUCACUAACAGAAACCCAAACGAAGAAAAUAAGGUUUACUACAAGUAGUACCAAGGUUCACAUGGAAGGUGUUGUUAGAACUGUUGAUUUAACUGAUUUUGAUGGAUACAAUCACAUGAUCGUUGAACUAGAAAAACUCUUUAAUAUCGAAGGGAAGUUGCAUAUGCACAGUCAAUGGAAACUAACCUUUAAAGUUCAUGAAGGAGAUAUGAUGCUUGUUGGAGACGAUUCAUGGCUGUAAGUUUCCUCUUUCUUCUUCUCUCAAUUUAUUCUUCUUCUCUCAAUUUUUGGGAAAAUAAGAAAGUUAAUGUGUUUUUGAUUCUGUGUAGGAAAUUUUGCAACACCGUAAACGAAAUAUUCAUAUGUUCAAAAUAAGAUGCCAUAAAAUGAAAUUUGAGAACCAAUUCUCUAAAGGUGACUCAGCAUUUACAAAAAUAAUUUCACUGUCCGAUGUCGACGACAGUCAAAAAGGGGUUUUGUUACUUUUAAUGUUUUUUUAUAUAAUACUAGGGUUUGAUCUCUGUUCACCCAGAAAUUUUACUUUUAUUAAGUUUUCAGUUAACAUUUGUUUUAAACUUGAAGAGUUUGGUUUUAUAUUAUGUGUGAUAUUUAUUAUUGUGAUUGCUCUUCUUUACUUUUAUCAACUGUUUUCAUUGAACUUAUUUGUUAUAAGGAGAUUAAGACUCAGUUUCGUUGUGUUCACUAAAUUGCCUUAUACAAUUACUGAGAUAGUUUGAAUGGGACUAUGUUCUGUUUUUAUUUUGGGGAUCGAACUUUUAAUCAUUUUCUUAUUUUAAAUCUUCUAGUUUCAUGUCUGCUCUUAUUUUUUUUUUGGUAAGUUGUUUUAUAUUGCAUUCUUUCGAAUUGUGCAACUAUAUAUUUUUAUUUCCAUAUCAGUAUUGGAAUUAUGGUUGAGUUUUUUUUUAAAAUUAUGUAUGUUACCUUACAAUUUAUUUCUAUACAAUAACUGUAGAUCUCUUAUUUCUGUCAUGUAAACAAACUUUUAGUUUGUUUGUAGUACUAACAUAUGGUUAUUAACAUUUACCAACUAAGCUAAUAGAGAUUUUAGUCAAAAAUAGUUGAAAUAUUACAUAUUAUUUUCAAGGCUGGAAGCACAUGCUACCCCAGCUUCUAGCCAGGGCCGACACUGCUUACAUCGUGAUGAAACUCUUGUGUAGGUUUAUUCUCUAUUAAUCUAUGUAAUUGUUAAUAAAUCAUUUCUCUAAGAUUCAAAUCCAAAAUAUUGAAACGUAAAAAAAAUUAAUGACUUCUUAACUACUGGAGUAAAAAGACUUCAGUAGAUAUAGGUUGCGGAUACUGAAACUAGAAAUGUUCAACGUAAUUUGGUUCUCCCAUGUGAUUGAGGCCAUCUGAUUGAGAGACUGGUUAGAUAAAAACUGUUAUCUUUGGUACAGUCAAUGAACUUGAUCGAUUUUUUUCUUGAUCUGAGCAGGAACAAGAUCGAUGAUAUUUCUAAAUACAUGGACAUUCAAGUGGAAGAGUUGUGUAAGAGAGUUGACGAGCUCACCAGGCUUCACUAUGCCUCAUCAAAAUCAAUGCCAUAAGCUCUGUUCUUUUUUUUUUUUUUGAUUUAUGCUUUCUUGAGUUUAAAGUUUUUUGAUUUGUUAGCAUCAUCUUCUGAAUGGAUUUAGGUAUUGGCUUUUGUAAUAACUUGGCUAUGUUGUUUUUUUUUCUUAAUCAAACCGACUCUGGUUUUAGUCCUUUACAUAGAGAAUCAUGAAGAUAUAAAACAUAAUUGUGAAUAUUGUUAUUGAGAUAUGUAUAUAUUUAGUUAAGAAAUCUAGGUUUAACGUUUACAUUCUUAUCUUCCUAUAUAAGUUGUACAUGUAUAAGCUUUAUCAUUAUGAGAGUCAAUAUACAAUUCUUCCAAUCUUAUACUCUCAUCAUUCUCUACACUUUAGAUUGAAAAAAAUUGUGAAUCACUUUGUCGAAAUAUAUUUAGUCUUAAAUGUGUGUUGUGUAUUGUAUGCCUUUCCUAUGUGAAAUUAUUAUGUUUAUAAUUAAACAUAUACUAUUUGCAGAGAAUUAUUUGCUUGUGAAUUGUGAACGCCUCUCCUCAACUUUCAGUAUUCGUUAUACAAUAAAUAAAUGAAUGGAAAGUAAUAUUCGUGAUAUUAAAAAUAAAAAAAAAUCUUAUGCUAUCAAUUUCUUGAAAAUUUUAUUACUCUUGAAGGCACCUUCGAUUCCUUAAUGAGAUCUAGAUUAUUCUUUGCUCUUUUGAUUAGGUUAUCUUGUGACUAAAUAAAACCUAACCUCACUUGUCUCAACCUCCAAAGUCCCCAUCACUUGAUCAUCCCCCUGUAUAUUAAAAGAGAAGUCACUUUAGUGAGGUCUGGUGACGUGUCGCUCAUAGGUGAACUUUCAAAAAAAUUGUUAUAAUUUGAUUGGUCGAUUGUUUUUAAUUUUUAUUUAUUUAAAUUAGAUCUAAAAAUUUAAGGUAAGUCUAAAAACAUUUAACAUCACUUGCCAUAUAAUCUAAAGAAUAUUACAAACAACAAUUUAUGGCAAC